UGAGCCACAGAGGGUUCCUCAGGGCCCAGCGCCCCCUUUUCCCAUUGCCUUUAAAUCUCCCCCCUGCUGAGCUUCCUGCCGAGGGGGGGGAGGGGCCGGCCAGGGGAGGGACAGGCUUGCCCUCCCCUCCCCUCCGACAGCGACUUUUCCCGUGGGCGCUGUAGCCCGGAGUCGAACACUUAUUGCCUGUUCUCACAUCUGGAAGGAAGUGAGCGGCUCUUUCCACUGGCCGCCGGCACUGGGGCGGGGGGCUGGCAGCCAGCUCCCGUCCCGCCCCAGCUGCAGAGGGCCCGGGGAGCACCAGACCGGGGCUGCUCCAGAGCCCGCGCUCGCGGACGGACCUGGGGGGAGCCGGGAGCCCCAGAGCCGCAAGGCCCCUGCUGUGAGGGUGGCAGCACGCGGGGUGCAGUGAGCACGUUGCCCUUCGGCCUGGCGAGAGCCCCCGUGUGCCACGAUGGAGACACGCAAGCGGGAGAUGGAGCUGCUGAGCAACAGCAUGGCCGCCUACGCCCACAUCCGAGACAAUCCUGAGAGUUUUGGCCUCUAUUUUGUCCUGGGCGUCUGCUUCGGCCUGGUGUUAACCCUCUGCUUGCUGGUGAUCCGCAUCUCCUGCCAGCCGCACACCCGCCGCCUCCCUGCCAAGCCCCGGCGGAGCCUCCGGGACGUCAGCGAGGAAGACGAGGAGGAGGAGGAGGAGGAGGAGGAGGAGACGGUUGACAACGUGGCGGCGGAGUCCCCGCUGCCCAUCACCGAGAUCCCCCUGGAGAACCACAGCCCGGCAGAUGGCACCUUGCCUGUCAACGUCUUUGCCUCGGCAGAGGAGCUAGAGCGGGCGCAAUGGCUGGAGGAGCGGGAGCGCAUCAUCCGGGAGAUCUGGCGCAACGGCCAGCCGGACAUCCUGGGCACGGGCACCGUGGGCAGAGUACACUACUACUGACUGCGGGCACGGGGCCAGGCUGCCCAGCUCCCGGAGCGAGCCUGUGAGGGCAGCCCCCCCCAGCCCCGAGGGUCCCCCCGUGCACGCGCUGCUCUUGGGCACCCUUGUUUCCGGGAGUGCCUGUGAGUCUGGAGAUGUGCCACAGCCCUUUGCAUAGCCCCUGGGCACUGGUCUGUGUGCGAGCUGGGCGGGGCUCGGCCCCCCCUGAAACGCCCCGUUAGCUGGUGCCAGCCAUGCAUGGCAUUUCUUACUGGCUGAGUGAGGGGCGCCAAGCUCUGCCGAGCAACAAGCUCCUUGAGGAGCUGCUCCCGUUAACUGGCUGCUCAGGACCCCGCGAACGGCGCAGGAGGGGUCGCUCUCAUCGCUGACGACGGGGAUCCCCCCGCUUCCUGCAGGAGCUCCCUGCCCCCACCUGAUCAGGGACACCGCGCAUGCCCUGCCAGACUGGCUUCCCACCCUCAGCAAACCGAGUGCAUGGGACGGCAGCAAGGCGAGCGCUGACUGCCCGACAAGUCCAGGCCCUGGAAAGGCUCCUCCUGCCGGGGCAUGGAUGGACUGAGGCUUAGCCAAACCUGGCCACCCCCAUGGACGGACACUCCCAGAGCUGGCCACCGUGGGUGGAGGCUUUGCCCCUUCCUCUGAAACACCUGGUACUGGCUGGUGUUGGAGGGACAAUGCCAGGCUAGGGCCCCCCCCUCCCCAGUCCAGCCCCCCAUGUAGUGCAGAGUGCUAGGUAAGGGAGAGCUUAAAGGCGAGGGGCAGCGCGAUCGUUAUUGGUCUGUUAGCAGUAGUUCCUGGGGUGCACGUCACUGAGUGUGGGGAGUCAGGGCCCUGCACCCCCAACUUCCUGCAAUUCACUGGGACUCUCAGCCAGCCAGUAAAACAGAAGGUUUAUUAGACGACAGGAACACAGUCUAAAACAGAGCUUGUAGGUACAGAAAACAGGAACACCCCCCCUUGCCCCUCCCCAGCCAGCUCCAAACUGAAACCCCCUCCAGCUGUCUCACCCAGCCACACACCCUGGCUCCUCCGCCAGCCUUUGUCCAGUUGCCCGGGCAGAAGGUGUCACCUGGCCCCGACCCCCUCCUGGGCUCAGAUUAUGGGGGGCUGCUGCCAUCCUUUAUGUGCUGAGUGUCCAGUAUCAACCCUCAGUGAAGUCACACCCUUAUUUCCCAUCCCCAUCUAGCAUCAUUGCAGACAGUAAACUAGUAAAACUCGCAUGCAACAUUA